AUGCAACCGUCUUUUGGAAGUGAAGAAGCGUGUGCUGCAUACAAUUACAUCUUAUCUGGUGGUUUUUUGACAGAGCACAAAUAUACACGUCAACUGGAAAGCGAGUUGGCUGAGUUUACAGGAGCGAAAUACUGUUUCAUGGUCUCAAACGGAACUCUGGCGAUUUCGGCAGCCUUAUUGGCCGUCGGAAUUUCAAAAGAAGACCGCGUCUUGGUUCCUACGUACACUAUGAUAGCGACAGCAAACGCUGUCAAACUUAUUGGAGCUGUUCCUGUUUUUGCUGAUGUUGAUCAGCGUACCAACACUCUUUCGGUUGAAACAAUUCGGUCGAAAAUAAAUGAUGUGGAUGCGGUAAUUCACGUCUCGCUUAAUAACAGGUGUCACGAUAUGAAUGCAAUUGUUGAAACAUGUAAAGAUGCCGGCAAGCCCAUCAUCGAAGAUGCUGCUCAGUCACUAGGAAGUACUUGGUGCGGAAAAGCUCUGGGAACAUUUGCCGAUGUUGGAAUUUUUUCAUUUUCUUCUCCUAAGAUCAUUUCGAUGGGUCAGGGUGGAUGCGUGGUGACAGACAACGAUGAGAUCGCACUUCGUUUACGCAGAAUUAAAGAUUUCGGGAGAGACAGACCUGGAACUGAAGAAUAUUCUGCUUUCGGGCUUAAUUUUAAAUUUACUGAUCUGCAAGCGGUGAUCGGCUUAGAACAGCUCAAGAAGCUUCCAGGUCGAGUGCGUGCCUUAUCUGACAUGUGGGACCUAUAUUACAAGCACUUAGCGAAAUAUAUGAUCCCUAAAGCUGACAAAGGUUGGAUACCUUGGUUUAUCGAGAUAUUCGUUCUGAAUAGGGAUGAGCUCGCGGUACAACUACGAGCGGCUGGAAUUGGCGUCAGAGAGGUAUACCCCCCUGUUCAUAUUCAGAAAUGUUAUAAUGAGAGCUCACUAGCUCUUCCGAAUGCGACAAGAGUACACCAAACCGGAUUAUGGCUACCUUCAUGGUCGUCUUUAUCAAAGAAUCAAAUCGAAGCCAUUUGCUCUUGUGUGAACUUGCUCAUGUAG